AUGGGGGUGUGGAAGCUGGACAAGUGUGUGGUCGUGAUAUGGAAGUCGCCAGGGAUGGAACUACCACCGCCGGCGCAGCCCGUAGAAAAGAAAGGCACGCAGCAAGCCGACAAGAGACAGCUGAAGGUCCUGGAGCCCCUGGAGAUGGAGGAGGGCUCCCAGCUGAAGCAAGUUGUUGCAGCCGUGCGCGACGAGCUGCCAGGAUUGGGCAAGGAUGAGCAAGUUGUGGCGACCACGCUUCGGAGGCGGCUGACAACAGACUUCGGGACAAUUUGGCACGUCAUCGCAGGGAACAAGUUCGUCGUGGAGGGAGCUGAGAACAGCCGCAGCAAGUUCCAUGUACAGAUCGGCGAGAUGAAGGUCCUCGGAUUUCAGCAUGAGCAGUUCAGCGAGGGGCUGCUGCCGCACUUAACCCUGGAAAACCUCAUCGCAGGUCUGCCAUAUCUUUUAAUGAUCUUCCUCUGCUUCGCCUACAUGGGCCUUUCAUCUCUCUGCAAGGAGGGAGAGCCCGAUCCGACGUCUUCGCUCCUGCUGCAGCUGAAGAAGAGCCUGUGUGUAGACGACUGGGAAGCAUCCCUUCGCUCCGUGGGGGUCGUGGUUUUAAUCUUCUCGGUUUGCUACAGGAAGAUGCACUUGCUGACCGGCAAGAGGAAAUCUGCGUAG